AUGUGGGCGGGGGCGCUUAAGGCGUACAAAGAUCUGCGUACCAUGCAGCGUUGGACGGGCCCGCCCAGCAGUGUGGCGCAUGCCGGCGUUGCAAAGGCGGAGCCCCCCUUCGGGGGAGAAGAGGAGGCUGCGGGCGGUGCAACGGCACAUCUUGCACCCCCCGCACACGUGCGCUUUGGGUGUGAGGGAGGGGCGGUGAAGCGGGCACGGGGGGAGCUGAACGAGGGAGACGGCGGCGCUCACGAUAGUCCCUCGACUCCGCUGCGGGUGGGGUCUGGGAGCAGCGCAGCGGGGACGGAAGAGCGAUCGGUGGUAAUAGAAAAAACAGAGGAGGGUGAUGCGGCCCACGCCUCCGUGGAAGCGGUGUCGCCUUCUAACGCGCCUGUCGAGCGCGAGGUGAUAGUGUUGGACGACAACAGCGAAAGCGAUGGAGCGGGCAAUCUGCCGUCGUCUAAAACGCCCACAUCGGCGUCACAUUCGGCGAAGCUGGAAUCGCUACUCAACUCCGAGACAUCUGCGCUUGUUUCCCCAACACCGAGUGGGCCUUCACCACCGUCGAUGAGCUUGUCCACGGAGCAGCAGCGCGUCUUUGAUCUCGUUGUAAAGUAUGGCCGAUCGGUGUUUCUUACUGGAGGUGCGGGUACGGGCAAGUCGCAUUUGCUCCGAGCCAUUAUUGAGGCAUUACCGCGUGCUUCGACCUUUGUGACCGCCACCACUGGAAUCGCGGCACUCAACCUCGGGGGAUCUACGCUUCACAGCUUUGCUGGUUGCGGCAUUGUGGACGCGCAGACGCACGUUGCUGAGGAAGUGUGUCACACGGUGCGUAGCAAAACAAAGGCAAAGCGAAACUGGCGUUUCUGUAAGGUGCUGGUGGUGGACGAGGUGUCCAUGAUGGACGCGUGGUUCUUUGACGUCCUUGAGUACGUGGCAAGAAAGAUUCGCGGCUGUGCUUCGCCGUUUGGUGGGAUUCAACUCGUUUUGGCCGGUGAUUUUCUGCAGCUUCCGCCCGUGGUGAGGCAGCGGGGGCAGGAGUCACGGUUUUGUUUUGAGUCCGAGGCGUGGUGUCGGGUAAACCCGCGCGUUUGCAUUCUAUCGCAGCGGUUUCGUCAAACUGACGAGACGUUCUUUGGCAUGUUAAACGAACUUCGCCGUGGGGUGCUCACGGCGCCCUCCCUCGCGUUGCUGGCAUCCCUCUCCUCUACGACUACCGUGCGGUUUGUGCAGGCGCAGGCGAUGGCGACGGAGGGUGCUGACGCUGGCACGCUGGGGAGGCCGACGCGGCUGUUGACUGCCGGCGACGUGGUGGAUAGCCGUGGCCGCACACGAGAAGAGCGCCACGACGGCUUCAGUAUUCUUCGCGCCCGCCGCGCGGAGGUGGAGAGCGUGAACGCUGAACGAUUUGGCGAACUAACGACCGAAAUUUUUUCCUACCAGGGGUUUCACCGGGGCGAAGGAAAAUACCCGGCAGACCUCCCAGCUGUGGUUUCCGUGCGGGUUGGUUGCCGCGUGAUGCUGCUUAAAAACCUUGACGUCUCUGUGGGACUUGUGAAUGGCAGCGUCGGCACCGUUGAGAAUUUCAUCGACGCCAAAAAGAUGCGUGAUUUUGCGAACAAAACAGCACUUGGCGAUCUCCGGAAUAUGGCGCCGCACACAUUUCUGCCCGUGGUGCGGUUUGAAACGGGCCAAGGUAACGGCGGCAAGGACGGCGCCUGCGGGCGUCUCGUGGUAGUGGAGCCUCACCGCUGGACUGUGCUUCAGGGCGACAGGGAGGUGAGCUACAGUGCACAAAUUCCUCUGCAACUUGCGUAUGCGAUUACGAUACACAAGUCGCAGGGAAUGUCCCUUGCACGCGUUAAUGUUGACUUUAAGGGUAUCUUCGAGGAGGGACAGGCGUACGUGGCGCUUUCCCGCUGCACGGACAUGAAGGGUCUUAUCGUUGAGAACUUUGACGCCCACCGAGUGAACCCCAACGCCAAGGCUUUGGCCUACUACAAGGCACUGGCAGAGGCGGCGGAAGAGGCGGAAAGGGUGGAGCAGGAAACGUUGCACGCCCGUGUCCGCUACCCCUGGGGAUACAGCCUCAUCGAAGGUGCCGAAGACGAAGAGGAUGGCCAGCCGCAUGGAAAUAACCUUUUUACCACUAAUAAUAAGAGGACUGUGGCAGAUGCUGUGGAAGAAAUUCGGAGGCGCAUCACACCAUCGUACCUGUUAUGGUCCUCACUGCGACAGCGUGUUUUGUGCACAGUUGAACUGGCCGCGGCUGUGCAUGGAGCACUACUUGUCAUGGACGCGUCCUCCUUACUUGCCCUGGGGAGCUCUCCCGAUUCCGCGGCACUGUACGAGAAGGUGUUCGUCAAUAACCAAAACAUGAUGCGGGUGCCGCGUUUGGUGAAGGAGGAACUGCUGCGCGCAGCCUCUGUUGAUGAGGUUGAGGUGCGUGUGACGCCGACAGUCUGCCUCAGCUUCAACAGUCGACGCUCGAGCUCGCCUGGAGCUAGCGGCGUCCACGAGGCGGCAGAGUUGGCAGCAGGCACGCUGUGUAUCAUGGAGGACGCCAAAAGUGACUUUGUGCUGGACGAACAACGUGACGGAGAGUCGAGACCGCUGCCGCCUUCGCUGCCGGGGUGGGAAGAAAAUUUCUCUCCCAAUGCUUCGGCAGCCGGCGAAUGGGAGGACGCAUGUGCGGGGACUCCGCGCCCUCAGCAGCAGCAGGUUCGUUUGCUGGAGUUUGCAUGCUACCUCGUCGAGCAGUAUAGCCCUCACCAAGCAGUGCUGGUUUGCACGGAGUCGGUCGAGCUGGCGGCGCGUGCGCUUGCGGUUGGUUUGCGCGUGUGUUCUAUGAUGUACCUGCGUCCAGCAGGCCGGGCAUAA